AUGCCCGAGUUUGCUGAGGCAGACACGAUCCGCAUCCUGAUUGCGACGGACAAUCAUGUGGGAUACGAGGAGCGAGAUGCGAUCCGCAAGGACGACAGCUGGCGGACAUUUGACGAGAUUAUGACUCUGGCCCGCACAGAGGACGUCGACAUGGUGCUGCUUGCCGGCGACUUAUUUCACGACAACAAGCCCUCUCGAAAGUCCCUCUAUCAAGUCAUGCGCACGCUCCGCAAGAACUGCCUCGGGAUGAAGCCGUGCCCGCUCGAGUUCCUCUCUGACGCCGCCGAUGUCUUUGAGGGAGCCUUCCCCCACGUCAACUACGAAGAUCCUGACAUCAACAUCUCGAUCCCAGUCUUCUCUAUCCAUGGUAAUCACGAUGAUCCGUCUGGCGAAGGAAAUUACUGUUCAUUAGAUCUGCUACAGGCAGCAGGCCUGCUAAACUACUAUGGGAGGGUAGCCGAGGCGGAUAAUAUCCAGGCAAAGCCGAUUCUGCUGCAAAAAGGCGAGACGAAGCUUGCGCUAUAUGGGCUAAGCAAUGUCCGUGAUGAGCGCAUGUUUAGAACAUUCCGAGACCACAAGGUCAAGUGGUUUCGCCCCGGUAUGCAGACUGGCGAGUGGUUCAAUCUGCUCGCUGUCCAUCAGAACCACCAUGCCCAUACAGCGACGUCACAUCUACCAGAAAAUGUACUUCCAGAUUGGCUAGACUUGAUUGUCUGGGGACAUGAGCACGAGUGUCUGAUCGAUCCUACCAAGAAUCCAGAGACUGGCUUCCAUGUGAUGCAGCCCGGAUCGUCGGUAGCUACUUCAUUGGUGCCGGGAGAGGCUGUCCAAAAGCAUGUCGCGGUGCUUAGUGUAAAUAACAAGACCUUUAAAGUUGACAAGUUCCCGCUCAGAACGGUCCGUCCAUUUAUUACAAGAGAAAUCAUUCUUUCCCAGGACAAGCGCUUCCGAGGGUUGGAAACGAAAAAGGACAAUCGAACUGACAUCACGAAACGGCUAAUGGAGGUGAUUGAGGAGAUGAUUGAGGAGGCAAACGCAGAUUGGGAAGCCAUUCAGACAGAUGAAGAGGCCUUGGAAGAUCGGCCUCUUCCCCUUAUCCGCUUAAAAGUUGAGAAUACCGCACCAGAAGGUGGUCAAUUCGACUGCGAGAAUCCACAGCGGCUCUCCAACCGAUUUAUCGGCAGAGUGGCCAACACGAAUGAUGUGGUGUAUUAUUACCGAAAGAAAAAGGCCCCCAGCAAAAACACGCAGGCAAACACUGCGGAGGCUCUCGAGUCCCUCGAGGACGACUCAGCCGAUAUGAUCAAGGUAGAAAAUCUCGUCAAUCAGUUUCUCUCGGUACAAUCGCUCAAAGUCCUGCCACAAGGCCCCUUUAGCGAAGCGGUCAAUCAGUUCGUUGCCAAGGACGAUAAACAGGCUAUGGAGCUUUUUGUAUCUGAACACUUGUCCGGACAGGUCAGACAAAUGCUGGGCCUCGAAUCUGAUGAUGAGGACCUAAAUAACGCCAUGGAGACUUACAAGCAGAGGGUAGAGCAGCGGAUGGCAACUGCCGGGAGCUUGGGGAGGAUGGCACAAAGCGAACGACAGAGGGUAUUGAAACCCAAGCCAGACGGGUGGGACUCGGAUUUCGAUGGUAGCUGGGAGGACGAGCCUGGUGCCUGGGUGUACGAAGAUGACAUGCCGUCCAAUCUGGAAGCUAGCGGCUCAUCCCGAAAACCACAACCAAAAGAUGAUGAAAUGCUAGAUUUAGAUGACGAGGAACCACCGGCAGCAAAGCCGAAGAGAGCACGGGCGACAAAGGCUACGCCGGCUAAGAAGGCUGCUGCGGCUAAAAAGCCGCCCGCUCGGCGUGGCCGGAAGCCCUUUGAGGACAGCGAGGAAGAAGAACCGCCAGAGGAAGAUGUGGUGAUGGACUCGGAUGAAGCAGAGGCUCCCCCAUCACCUAAACCAGCUGCGCGGGCAACCAGGCGCGGACAAAAGGCGAAGAGCACAGCCGCUGCUAGCAAACCUGCGGCAGCAAAGAAAACUAGAGGUGCCACGGCGGCCAAGAAACGGCAGACAAAGCUCAGUUUUUCACAGGGAGCGACGCAGGAUAAGGCAGUUGAGAUUAGUGACGACGAGAUUUCGGACGACGAUGCGUUUGAGCCAGCGCCGGUAGCGAGUCGGACGAGGAGAAGGUGA